CACAAGCUCGCGUUUCCACCGUUCCAGCAGUCAUUAAACAAUCAUGGCGGACUACCGAGAGGCGCCCUUGGCCACUCGGCCAAAAACAUUGGAUCCAAACGAAUAUUUCAACCUUUCGCCGGAGCAGAGGCGUGCCGAAGAAGCCAGGGGUGCACUGCGAGCAAAUCUGAAGCGCCAAUAUCAGCUGCAACUCAAUAACCCGCACAGAAAAGAGCUCAUUGAAGACCCUGCCUUGACACGCUGGGUGUACGCACGAGGCAAUCCCUACGCACACUUCAGGCCUACAAACAAGACCUCUCUGCUGGGUGCAAUGUUUGGAGUUGUACCUCUCUUUGCCCUCUACUACAUCUUCAAGACAGACAGGGAUAGGAAGGAGGAGCAAAUUAAGGCCGGUACCCUCGAGCGCAAGUUCAGUUUGUCAUCUUGAGCCUGGGUGUAGAAAGACCCUCGUCCUGUGUGUUCUAGAGAUGAUGUCCAUGUGUGUAAUUAUUAUUAACCGAAUAAAAUUAUAUUGUCAAACCAGA